GCGCACUUUGUUGAACUUGUUUGUAUUUAAUGACUGUCAUUUUUGUAUUUGCCGAGGUGCAAAUAUCAUUUGUCCAUGCGUUUAAAUACGGUAAAUUACUAAAGUGCAUUGUCGAGUGUGGAUGAUGAAAACAAAAGAUAGUUAGCGUAAAUCUAACCCUAAAUUUAAAGUACCGGUUUAGUGUAUUGAACUGUUUAUCAGCUGAUAUUUUCAAUAGGUCUUAUUCGAAUCGAACGAUGAAAUUUAUAGAGGAAAACCAUUACAAAAAGUAUGUUUUCGUUGUAUAAUUAGUGCUGAAUAGUGAUGGACAAUGGCUUUAUUUAGGAAGAUUCAGUUCGUUUUAUAGGUUAAGUGAUAUUAGUGAAAAUGUUGCUUUUCAAGAAAGCUUACAGAGACGAACUCUUGCAACUUGCUUUAAUGCUAAGUUUGCUUAGAGUCAAUCAAAACAAUUUCUUCGACUACGAAUUAUACAACAACGUUAGUUAUUUGGACUUUGACAAUGGCACAAGCUGGAGAAGCCUAAGCCCAUCAACUCUAAGAUCUCAUUUGUCGCACCCCAAAAGUCUGGACUCAGUAUUGUUAAACUAUGAGAGAGAACUCUUUGCUGACUUAAACUCCUUAGGCAGAUACCAUCGGUCUGAGUACAGACACCCCGAUGUGCAUGCCUACUUGUUGAACAUCGAAAGGGGGGCCCCCAUUGCUAAUGCAGUUGAAAGUUUACCGGAAGUCGCCCCCCCGGAAAACCAAAAUGCCAACAUCAACAUCACAACCAACGAAUCAACAGAUAACUCUGCAGAACCCAUCCAGCAAGGAUUGGAGCUAACUCAGGAGGAUAUGGAUCUAAUUGAAGUUCUGUGGAAACAAGACGUCGAUCUUGGUUUUUCCAUCGAGCAGGCGAAAGCGGAAAAAUCCGACUUGGAAAAUGGUUCUUCAUCGAAUUUACGCAUCAAGAAUGACGAUGAUCUCGAAAAACUCAAAACCCUUAAAGCGAUCAACAGCGAAACCAUCAAAGAGGAGCCGAAAAAAGAAGAGCCCGAUGAAAAUCCAUGGGCUGGCCUGGAUUACACUAUCGACACAGAAACAGGGGAGUGUAUAAUCAAGGAAGAACAAAGCGACGGCCUUUCUGGCGGGGACUGCGAUCCUUCGUGUGAUUUGCCGUUGCCAGAUUUACCGUUGUCGGAGAUCCUUUUGGACGAAGCUUUCCGUCUAGUCGAACUAGAUGAGGAGGAUAACGGCGCUUCAUCGUCCGAUGAUCAUUUGAACGUGAGAGAGUUGGAAAAUCUUUCUUUGAACGCUUCGAGGCGGGAUUCAUCGAACGAACAGGAGGAUAACGAAAACGAUUUGGAUUUCCUGGCCGAGAUGAUUCAAACGCCGCAAUUUCACCACCCCCAUCACAGGGCUGCCUUCCAAAGCCGCAUGCCCUUCGUGAGGACAGUGAGCAUGGAGCAAAGAUGGCAGGACUUGGCGAACUUGCUGAGCCUUCCGAAUCCUGGGGACGGUUCGAUCCAUCACCACGCUUUCAGUCACCAUCACCAUCACGCGGCCCUUCAUAAUUACACGCACCCGCAUGCCCACGGCAUCGCCGGCUACGGCCCCGAUGCGGCUAGGGGCGUGCUGUUGCACAACGCCACCCUAAACCCGCCCAUGGGCGAUUUAAAUUCCACAGUGCCGGCGUACGGAAAUUUGGGUGGUACUAACUUAGGUAAUGCCGUCGCGACCUCAAUGAACUUAACCAACAGUAGCGAACCGAUGGGUGAUUCCACUGCGGCUCCGCACUAUAAGUUGGAACCAACGCACGACAUGAUGUACUACCAGAAUAGUUCGUCGGAAUUGAACCAAACAGAUGGUUUUCUUUCUUCCAUUUUGAACGAUGAGGAUCUGCAAUUAAUGGACAUGGCUAUGAACGAAGGAAUGUACACCAUGCGUAUGCUGGACAAUAGUACAAGCAACAAUGCUACGUCAGUGAGCGGUGGUAAUAUUAAUAUGACAGCUUCGACAUCCAAUGGAAUAAGUCCGCCAAGAACUGAAAUCGACCGUAUGGACACAUCGAGCGACAGCGCGGUCAGCUCGAUGGGCUCCGAAAGAGUACCAUCCUUAUCGGAUGGCGAAUGGUGCGACGCGGGAUCGGACUCUGGACACACAGUCAACGAUCAUUACGUCACAGACUACCAAUCGAAAUUUAGACCGUACGACUACAGCUACUCCAGCAGACACCUAACCGGAUCUGAUAGCCAGCGUAUUCCGCCGGUGGCUCAAAAAAAGCACCAGAUGUACGGCAAAAGGUACUUCCAGGAUCAAGGCAACACCUCGAGCGCUUCCCAUCCGGCCCAUCCGCCGGUGAAAUACGAAUACCGCGAUGUUUCUUACGCCACCCCGAACAGCAGCCUCUCUGACGGCGCUAAGGCUUCGGAGAUGAAGUAUUCUUGCUCGGUGGAGUUUGGGAGACAGCAUCAUCUACCUAGAAACCCGAUCGAGCACGUUCAACACAACCACACCUACCAUUUGCCGGCGGAGAGCAGCGGCGCCGUUCAGCGGCCCGUUUCCAGAGACAAAACCGCCAAAUCCAGGAAGAGUGAAGAAGAACACUUAUCAAGAGACGAGAAGAGAGCAAGGGCUCUCAACGUACCCAUCACAGUCGACGAUAUAAUCAACCUGCCCAUGGACGAGUUCAACGAGAGAUUGUCCAAAUACGAUCUCAGCGAAGCCCAAUUGAGUUUGAUCAGGGAUAUUCGUAGACGCGGCAAGAACAAGGUCGCAGCUCAGAACUGCAGGAAGAGGAAGCUCGACCAGAUCCUCAGUCUUGCCGACGAAGUCAAGGAUAUGAGAGACAGAAAGAUAAGGCUUAUGAAUGAUCACAAGUACUCGCUUGCCGAGUGCAAGAGAAUGAAGGACAAAUACCAGCAACUCUACCGACACGUGUUUCAGAAUUUGCGUGACCCGGACGGGAAUCAGUACUCUCCUUAUCAGUACAGUUUGCAGACAUCUGCGGAUGGUUCCAUUUUGAUGGUGCCAAGAUCAAACACGACUUCCAUUCAGAAUCCGGAUAGAAAGGAGCCUCCUCAAGCCCAAAAGGAUUAAGUAAAUGUUUCGGUUAAUUUUCAGUGUUUUUGCUCAAAACGGUUUUUCAUUUAUUUUUUGUUUUUUUUUUAUUAAAUUGCGGUUUAGUUUCAUUACUUAGCAUUUAUGCUGCUGGAUAGCAUUUAUUUUUUUUUGACAGGAGGUUGUUUUGUUUUACUAAAAGUAUGAUAGUUAUAACAAACACACAGAAAAAAUGUAUAUUUUUGUAAUUCAUGUUAAAUAUUAUAACAGAUUCAGGUGAUGAAAAUGCCUUUAACAUACUUUAUUAACUCAUUAUAAUGAAGAAAAAAAUAAAACUAAAAAACGAUUUCUUAUUGUGUAUAUAUAUAAUUAACGCCAUAGGUAAAACUUGCUAGUGAGUGUCUGACUGAAUAAAAUAUGGUGUAGGAUUUGGUUUAUAUAACAUAUGUAGAGACUUAGACGGUCAGAAGAUGUUUUAUAAUUUUUUAAAAUUGGAUAAAAGUAUAUGUGAUUUAUUUGUAACCUUCAAGGUAUUUCAAGUAUUUGAUUUAAUAAGUUUUGUUAUUAUUUUCUAAAAGCAUGCACCAACAAUUUUUAAUUUAGGAUUUUACACAGGGUGUUCCACAAUGACGCUAUCAAUAUUUAUUCUCUAUAUCACUUGGGCAAGGUUCUUUCAUAAAAGGUCGUCUUAAUAUGGUAAUUAAUAUAGAGGCAACCUUUUCUGUGGGGACCUUGUUUUUAUUAAUAGAUUUUUAAAAAAUCGUCAAAUUUGUGGUGUAUUCUUUUGUUUAGUUACUUUGGGAUACCUUAUAAAAUUAUAUGUUAAACCUAGUGACCCGUACUCAGCUAGUUUGGUAUAAGUGUAUCAAAAUUAGGUAACUAAAAAACGUAGGUUAAUAUUUUUAUAAACAAUAUAGUUUUUGUACAUUGUAUAUUAUAGGUAGGGUUUUUUAUUGGCCCAUAACCACUGCGGCCAGUAUUGCUACAGCUCUGAUUGGACACAAUUUUUUUUGUAUUUGCUGAUUGGUCCCCAAAACAAAAUUGCUACUUCUCAGUUAGAUUCGAGACAUUCCAAAUUUUUUUCAACAAAACAAAUUUGUCCAAUCACACUGUAUGUGGUCAUAAUUGAGGAUUUCUGUUAGCCUUUUACAACAUGUUACAAUUUACAUAGGUAGUGCCAACAAAGAUCUCUGUAAUGGUUUCUAAGCAGUGCUUCUAUUAAAAUAAUUUAACACUUUUGCAGCCCCACAAAAUCCCAAUUAUGUUAUAUUUUGUAAAUAUAUAAAUAAAUUAUAUUAAAAC